ACGUCACAGCAGCUCGCUGCCCACUGCACGGCUCUUGACACUACAAGGAGAGGAUUGCCUCCUGUCCAGUCCUCCAACAUCAUGGAUGCCUGUGCACGGAUCAAAGGGGUCCCACUGAAGAGCCGUACCACUAUGAGGAAAGAGACCUUCCGUGAGGGCUCAAAUCUAUGCCUGAAGAGCCUGUUGAAACACAAGAAAGAGCUGUGCAAUGUGGUCAUGGAGCUGCACAAUAAAGAACCACAGUGUGUAUCAGAACUACAUUAUGUAUGCUUACCUAGUCACACGGAGGGGGAAGAUUUCACUUUGCAGGCUCUGUCUUCUCUCUCCACUGAGAUGAUGGAGAUGCUUAGGUCACUUCAUGUACAUACCCUUAAAGAUGAAGAGAUUCUACUCCUUAAAGACCCCAAAAGAUCCUUUGAGAAAAAAGACAGUGUUUCCCAGGUCAGCUGGUCAAGAGCCUUGUGUAUAUUGAGGCAUAGCCCCACUCCUCAGGUUAGUGUUGGCACCUUGCUGGGGUUGUUGGCUCGAUACACCGUUGGGAUAAGGUAUGCCCUGGAGUUACAGGUUCUGCAGAGGAGCAUGUCAGAAGCAUGUCAAGCUGAGGACGAUGACACCAAUCAAUCUGUCUCCUCUAUUGAAGAGGACUUUGUUACUGCUUUUGAGCAUCUUGAAGAGGAGGAUACAGGUGCCCAUAGUCAGCGGAACCUCAGAGAUGUGGCCUCCCAGACAACACCCUCUCACUUAAAAGACUUCCAAGGGUCUCACAUCAUAAUAAGUUCCAUACCCAAAAAGUCAGUGUGCAAGGGAAGUCCUGUCCUGAAGUCAACCGUAUGGCGUGAGGAUUCAGAGUCCUCGUACAAACCUAGUAGUCCACCAAAGGGACGUGCUACCUCCACACCCCCCACAGAGUCAGAUGACUCCGAUUGCUCCAGUCCCAGCCCUAUUAUAUUUCUUGAUGAAGUUGGAUAUCAGAAAAGUCUUAAAGCAAAACUUGAUAUUCCCAAGAUUCCUGUUUUAAAAGAUGGCGUGGAAGACUCUGACUCAGAAGUCAGUGAAUUUUUUGACAGCUUUGAUCAGUUUGAUGAGCUCAACCAGUCUUUUGAUUCCAACAUCAUGGUCCAUAAAGAACAGCCCCUCCCUGGUCAAGCUGAGAAGAAGCAUAUUGACAACUCAGGAUGUAAAUUUGUGUCAAGAGGGUGCUCAACCACAGCAAUGAACCCUCACAGGUUUGAUCAUAGAACUCUCCCAGCCAAUGUCAAGAAACCGACUCCACUCAAGCCAGGAUCACCAUACAGUAUUCACUCCGAUGCACCAGAUUCCCCACGACCAGCACGAACUCCCUGUGAGGAAAGUGGGCCGCUCUUCAGUCCAGUUAGUUCAUCAGCAUUUAGCCCCCUGGGAGAAGGAGGGUCCUUGGUGUAUUUUUGGAAAGCUGAUGGUGAUAGCUCAGAAUUAUGUAAACCACAGGACCUUUGCUCGCUGUACAAAACAUACUCUGACUUUGCCAAUAACCUGUCAAGAGAAAUCCUUGGAUCUGUGUGUGGGUACUCUUCCCCUGUUGAUUUUAACAUUAAUAAGAACCUGAGCUGUGUAUGUCACAAAGAGUUCAAAAACACUAAUGGGUAUCUGAUGAAGCUGUCAGACAUUCAGGAGACAGUCACCAUCAACAAUUCACAGUCUCUGAAGGACGGGAUUCAGAAGUUUGCUACAGACUUGGUCGAAAUGAGCCUUGGAAGUGCCUUAAGGGACUUGCAGAAAGGAGUGUCCUCCUGUACCACUACACUUUGCCAUCUGGCUGCAAGGCUGACUUCUUCAGUAUUUCAAGUGGCCUUUCAUGAGAUAGGCAUGCGCCAUGCAUAUGUGCUAAAAGAGCAUGCCAUAAAUGGACUAGCCAGUUUCCUAGUAGGAGAAGCCAUUUCUGGAGCCCUCAGAGACUUUCUGUUUGUGAAAAAGCAGAUUUUUAAAAACACUGUCACUCGAUUUUCAGCAGAUCUUGCUGAGGAGUUGGUGUUUGAAGGAAUUAUGGAGGUUUGCCAAUUUUCACAUCCCUCUACACCUCUCACACCAAGUGACUGGUCUAUCGAACAAGAGGAGGAAGUGGUUUCUUCCUAUGCCUCUGACCUUUCAGAGUCAGUUCUCCAAGAGGCUUUUAUAGAGCUCUCACAAACUGACGUGACUUUCACUACACAGGCAGCUAUCAGCAUGUCAGUGGAUAACAUAUGCUAUGUAAGUGCUGAAGAUACUUCCCUAACUACCUGCAGUGCCGAGACCAGCUAUCCUGGAUCUCAGGUUCUAGUAGAUGCUGGUAACCAAGAGCAGGAGGGUUGCACAGUCAAGAAAGCCUUGUAUUGUAUGUCAGGUAUGGCCAGUUGUGUUCCAGUACCUGUGGCUGGCCAGGUCAUAUCUCAUGUACAAAACUUUGAAGAACCAUUUGAGUAUAAAUCCAGCAUUGGUCCCAUAUGUCAGACCAGCCAUAAAAGAACCAUUUGUUGCCAAGGGGAUGAUUCAACCUUGACCUUAGAUACUUCUGCUGCAACUCAGUCUGAACCAUUACCAGGUCCUGCAAAAAAACAGGAUUCUAAUGAUGAUGAAAUUGUUGGCAAUCCAUCCAAUGAAAUUGAUUCUAGCAAACCCUCAAUUGGCAAGAAUUUUCAGAACUUCUCUGGUAAUAUGGUGGACACCAUAGUAGUUGAAGCAUUUGAUCUUAUGCAUUCUUCAACAAAAGUAAAGAAAAAAGUGGAGGAUUGCGCAGACUUUCUGAGCAAAACGAUAGCUGCGCAUAUAUCCUCUCCAAGCCAUGGACCAGUUAAAUCACAUAACGCAUCGACACAGCAUUCACAAGCUCAGAGAAUUCCCUUUCACUUGGUGUCAAAGGGCACAUGUGACCCAGAAGUAGCCAAAAGUAUACUUCCAGUUUCCAAACCCACUUCAGAAGUCCGCUCUGUCAUGAGAAGGGACACACUAGAAGUGCCCAGUUUUGCAGUGUCCUCCUGUGGUAGAAAGGUAGGUAUAGAAGAGCUCUAUAGCAGCAACUCUGGAAUGAAAUCAGUCGAAACUCCAAACACUCCACCCUCAAGUCCUCAGCAGCCAUCAGGCGAGCACAGUGAGAAACAGAUCAAACAUUUCUCCAAAAAGCUCAAAGGUAAGCUUGCAAAAGAAUUCUCUCCUGCAACUCCUCCACCCACCCCUUAUUAUCCGCCUGCCACCGACUCCAGUGAAGCAGGUUUAGUUUCAGACAAAGCAGAUUUUGUGAUAAAGCUCAUUAGGUCUCUUUCUGAAGAAGCUGGUAGCAAUGAAGAUGAUGAGGAUGACCGGGAAGAUGGCCCUCAUUCAAGAAACUCCCGGGUGGAGCCGAGCCCUUAUGUAAGGAACAGAGUGAUUGAGAGGGGUGCGCUCCAUUAUGCUGAGCGUUUAGCAUGCCACAUUGUUUCCAUGGCUACUGAGAUGGACACACUAAGUUUUGGAGAGGUAAAAAAGCCUGUUGGUGAUGAAAGCAAAGGCUGUAUUGCCUUGCAUAGUGCACAGUUUUCAGAGCAGACAUUGAAUUCUUUGUGGAUGUAUGCUGGUGAAGUAGCUGGAGAAGUCAUCAAUGAUGUAAAGAGGAUGAUGAGAACAACCCACUGUCAUCACAAAACAAUAAAAAGAGCAUCUGCAAGCUUUGCGGACAAGUGUCAGGGUGGAGAUUACAAGGACUCCCUUCUGGGAAGCUUGGCUCAUCAGUGGUCUGGUGAUGUCCAAGCAUCAGUCCAUAACUCUCAGAGUCGUGGUUCCAGUGGGAUGUCUUCAGAGUAUCCAAGCUGUGAAAGUGUCACUGAUGAAUAUGCAGGAUACCUUAUUAAGGUCCUGAAAAAAGAGGGAGGCAACCGAGAGCUUAUACUGGAUCAGUAUGCCACUCGUUUGGCGUAUCGAUCGAUUAAAUCAGGCCUGGCUCAUGCAGCACGAAAAAUAAAGCAGAGAUCCCCUGUGAGGCUACACUCCUCUAGGCGUCUACACAAUGAUCGUAGCAACGAGGCUUCUCAAAUUCCCAUAUCCAAGUCUUCAGUACUUACUCAUGGAAAAGAUGGAUGCUCUUGUGAUUCCCUGCCAUGUGGUUGUCAAGAUGGUCAAGACAUGAGCAGUAAUGAAUAUGUAGAACUUGUGAACUUUGCAGAGUCACUGGCCUACAACAUCACAUGUGAUGUUACACGAAAGCUUCGAAUGUCAUCAGUUAGACUGCCAAAAUCUCUCACUGAUUCUUGCCUCUACAGGAAAUCCAAUGUAGAGGACUUACCAGAAAAUGUAAUAAAAAGUUCAUUUUCAUGCUCUCUUUUACCUUACACAGAGACUAACAGGCUGUAUCAUAGCACUGGCAGCCUGAAUGACAGCAAAUGCAACAACGGUGUCAUGCAAGUGAUUGAACAUUAUGCCAGGAAAAUUGUAGAUGACACUUUGGAAAUGACAUUGGGCCCGGGAUUUUUUCAGGCUGCCGGGGACAGGAGGGCACAAGAACUGAAUUAUUUCACAGAAAAGCUGUCAGAGGCUUAUGAAGCCUGCCGAUACUGCCAUGGUCGAGAUUGCCUAUUUUGCUGUAGAGAAGGUCGUCGCAGUUUCCAGGAGCUAAAAAAAAUUAGGCAACAGGAUUCUGAUGCAGUGACUGGGCUGGAAAUUCCUAGAAUUCACAUUGAUUUGGAUAAGAGGUCUGCUUUUUCUGAGGAAAUGAUGUCCAGUGUAAUUGAGAAAGGAAAAAAAGAACUGAGCUGCACCAGCCUGAAUGCAGACAGUGGGAUUGGUCAUGAUGGCGUAAGCUUUGCAGAAAGCCUCACCACAGAGAUUAUGACAUCUGCAUUAUCCAACGUCUGCCAAACGGUCAACCUUUGUACUCCUAGGAGAGAGGGUGUCAAUGUGACUGAAUCAACUGUGAGUCAACAGCUCAGUUUGAGUGUUGGGGAUGACAGUCUUGGUAGCUGGUCCAAUCUGAGCUUUGAAGAAGACCACCCAGAUGAGAGCAGCAGCUUUCACCAUCUAAGUGACAGUAAUGGAAACAGCAGUAGCUGGAGCAGUCUGGGUUUAGAAGGCGAGGUUUAUGAAGAACAUUUGUCCUUCUCUCCAUCAGACAGUGACUACAAUGAAGAGAAGGAAGCAGAGACCAAGGACGAUUCGGGUGGAGCAGUGCGAGUGGAGAGGGAACAUGGGCAGGCGGAAAGAGCUCUGCUGGUGGUCAGUACAGAUGUGAGAGGCUGGACUCUGGACCCCCAGCUGACAGCAGUGCUCCAGUGGAUAGCUGCCUCUAUUGCUGAUCUGCCUUUAAUGCAACUGAGCCAUUACUCUGCUCAAGAGCUCCAUCAGCUGCCAGCCGUGGCUCAAAGAUUGAGGGAGCGAGAGUUCAGGGUCGGGGAGCUCCUGCAGGCUCUGCUGAGAUACUUUGAAGAAUGCCGCACUGAAGAAGACCCUGAGACAGAAGACGUGCGGCACAGCCACAAGAGCCUGUUCCAGUGGCUUCUAGAACAGGCAUAAAUCACAAUCACACACUGCUGACACCUGUUAGCCAUGAAAACGAUGAAGUUUCCAGUCACUUUUACAGUGAUCUGCAAUGUAUCUGCCAAACAUACCGGCAUCGCCAGUAGAAUGUGUUUAUGUGUUGUGUAUUGCUUAUGCACCCGUGGCCACCCAGGGUGCACCAUACAAACAACUGAAGUAAUCUAAGAGCCGUUCGUUCAAGUGUGUGUAUUGCAUGCUGUGACCGAAAGUACUUUUUGCUUGCUUACACCUCGUUUUUUUGUCAUCACAUUGUUUUCUUUAAUGUUAGACUGCAUAUCGCUGAUGCCUACCCAUGUGUUUUGCUGUCACACCCUGCCAUAUUUUUCCUACACAAAAGACGGAUGAGUAGUUGUUAUGUUAAGGAAUUCACAUUGCUGCAGGAAAGCUUAUGUCACCUCCAUACCUCACCUUUAGUGUGAUGUUUCUACUUGUUGUAGGGACCAGCCAAGCAAUCCAUCACUGCUCCAGGUUUCUGGUUGGUAUUCCAUUACACAUAACAAAGAGUAAUUAUGACAGUUAUUUCAUUAUCUUAUUUGCCCUGUUGAGCACAUUUUUGGCAGCAACUCUUGGAUACCAGUCAUAACGAUUUAAAAAUAUAGUUCAGUUGAUUAAUCUCACUGUAAUUAGAGAGACACUUAUCAAACGCUGUCAACAAAUGUUCACUUUUACAUUCCCCUGUUGUCACAUUUAUUUCCAAUCAUUAUUUUAGGAUAGUAAGGCCAUAAUUGUUAUAAAAAUUCUGUAGCUAUAUACUCAAUAUUCAUUGGUUUAAAGUCAUUCUGCAUACGUUGGUUCUGUAAAUAUGCUAUUGAAAAUAAUUGUUUACACCAAUUAGAGUGUACAUGAUCCAUCCAGCUUGUGAAUGAUAAACCCUAACAAAACAUAUUUUUGGUUACUAAAGAAGUGAUGUUUGUUGCCAAGUUACUAAAAAAUACAAGAAUACUUUUAAAGUAUACUUCUACCUUGAGAAGCUGCUAAACAAGUUACAGAACCUGUAAACCUGUUUGCCAAAUGAGUAAACCCCUUGUAAGCAUUUAAAUUAUCUAGAGAGGGACAUUUGCUCUAUUUUUUCUAAUUGCCUCUUGGUAUUGUCCACACAUUGAAGGUUACUGUGAGGUGUAUUAUUAGUUACUGUGUAGUGCAUUACUAAACGAGGACACGUGCACUGUGUAUAUCUUAACGGAUCACCAUCUGGUGCUGUUUAGCACUACAGCAGGGACCUAAUCAACGGUCUCUUUCAUGCUGACCUUUGACUCAUUGCCUGCCCUUUCGCGGGCACUACGCGUAAAUAUUGCACUUUACUAAUGAAUGGUUUUACAGGCCAUUUCCCUAUACUUUUGUCUAGACCUCAAAAAAUUACAUUUAAUUGCAAUGCUUAAAUAAUAGAACACUGUAGAUUGCCAAAGGCUUGUAGAAAUCAGGAUGUUUUGUGCUUAAAGGAGUAGUUCACCCCAAAAAGAAAACGUUCACAUUAUUUACUUAAUUGUAUUUUCAUGAUUCUGCUCUGAUAGGUUACAGUCUGAGAUAUGAGAAACAUUGUAAAGGCAAUCAAAGUUGGCCAUUGUUCUAUCUUGUGGAUUAUUUCAUAUUUUUGCACUGUUGCGUGCAUGAUGUGCUUUCAGUCCAUGCUUCAUGUAUUUCUCUUGACGUGUGCAUGGAUGUAUUCUUCAUGUUAUCUUCAGCGCCGACUCAUUCUCUUGUGCAUGGUCUGUGUCCAGCCUACACCAUUUAUGCUCACACUACCAGUGAUACACUUAAGUGGAAAAAAUACAAACACAUUUUGUUUUCUUGCUGUAUGUAACAUCGGAGCUGCCAAAUAUGUUUGGCUCUUUGCUUAGACAGUAUUGUGUACAUUCUUUUGAAAUAUUUAAAAAUUGCCAUACACUGUGUUGUGUUGGUAAUUUUCCUAUUUGUUAUUUCUAGUAAAUAUCGCCUAAACCAUAAUGUGGGAAAAGUAUACGAAGUUAAAGGAAUCGUUCCUCCAAAAAUGAUUAUUCUGUCAUCAUUUACUUACCCUCAUGGUGUUCCAAACCCAUAUGUCCUUUCUAUCCUAUGUGCAACACAAAAUGGGGCGUACAGGUACGACAUAGGGUGAGUAAAUGAUGACAGAAUUUUUCUUUUUGGGUAACUAAUCCAUUUAAAUAUAAUAAAAUGUGUACCUUGAAGCAUGGGUGGAUGAUGAAUUGAAAAGGAGUUAGCACAACCAUGCCGUAACCUCCACGUUGCCUCAUUCUGAGUGGGAUUGUGCAUCUGUGCUCUUGCAGUAAUGGUUAUCAUUCAUGCUGUAGAUGGUCCACCCUUGUGUACCUAUUCCCUAAAUUUUGUGUACAUUCCUAUCUUUCACAAAUGAUCUAUUGUUAUUUUUGUGUUAUCAAAGGCUGCUUGUAUAAUGCAGAGUUCAUGCCAUUCUGAACAGAUUAAUAUUUUGUUACUUGUGCAGUGUUUCUCCAUCGAGUAUCUCGUAGUGUAGUGGGCAAAAGAUACACACUGACUUCUCUAUUUUAUCCUGCCCAGUUGUAUAGUCUUGCCAAAUAAGAUAUUUAAUAAUUUAUGUAAGUAUAAGUUGCAAUGGUGAUUACACUAUUUGUCUCUCCAGUGAAGUUGCUGAGUAGUUUACACAUUAAAGCUUAAUGCACUACACCUGUACACUGUAAAAAGCUGUGGGUAA